AUGGCGGAGAGCCUAGCAGACCAAUCGAAAGAUCAACAUCCUGUUCAACAACAUGUCCAGCGUCCACAUGAAGAAAGAACACCCCCACAUGUUACUGUGGAAACGGGCAAAGACGUCAAGAAAAUGGACAAACAGACGCUUAUGGCGGUUUUACAGUUUCUUAAGAAGAACAACCUGAAAGACACUGUAGACAUACUGAAAAAAGAAACCAAUUUUAGUGUAUCAGAUGAAGAGCCAACAACUGCCACAGACCAAGAUGUGUCAUCAGUGUUGUCAGCAUAUACAAGUGAAGGUGAUCCCUCACAGUAUGAUGAUAACUACAGUAAUGUGUUGGCUUUUAUAGAAUCAGCUUUAGAUAUGUACAAGUCACCUCAACACUGUUUCUCAUCUCAUGCAGCGGUUUCAUUUUUUGCCAAGCACUUUGGUAUUCAAGAAGAGUACCACCAAGAAGACCUUGUGAAGUUAUCAACUGUCACAAAGAAAGAACACAUGAAAAGCAAUGAACUUAUGAUCAAUUUCAGAUCUAGCAAAUUUACAAUCAAGAUGUCGAGAGAUUCAUAUCAGCUGUUGAAAAGAUAUUUAAAUGAUAAACAACAAAGUGUGCUGUUGGAUCUUCUCCAGGAACAUCUGUAUAUUGACGUGUUUGAUGGCUUACCAAGAAACAAACAACAGAUAGACGCUACUGCCGGUGCAAUGACAGGAGCAGCUCGGCGAGAAGCCAAUAAAACUAAAGUAUUUUAUGGAUUAUUGAAAGAACCAGAAAUCAAUUUACCUCUGGAGGAGGAAGAGGAAGGGGCUGAAGGAGAGGAUAAACCAAAGAAAAAGAAAGUGAAGAGAGAUUCUCACAUGGGCAAAAAGAAUAAACCAGAUCCUAAUGCGCCAGCACUGAGCAGAAUACCUCUACCAAGUUUGCGUGACAUAGACAAGAUGGAGAGAGUGAUUGCGAUGAGAGAAACACUCAAACGAAUUAAAGUAUCGGCAGAUAAUCUACCAUCUAUUUGCUUCUAUACAUUCCUCAAUGCUUACCAGAAUUUAACUUCGGCAGAGAUAUCUGAAGAUUCCAGCAUGAUGGCAGCAGGUUUUGCCGAUUCACUGAUACGAGUGUGGACAUUAACUCCCAAGAAAUUAAGAGCUGUGAAACCCAUACAUGAACUGAUGAAUAUUGACAAAGAAGCGGAUGAUGUCUUGGAAAGAAUUAUGGACGAAAGGACUGCAACUGAUAACCGUGUAUUGUUAGGUCAUAGUGGUCCUGUUUAUGCUACUAGUUUUAGUCCAGAUAGAACAAUGUUACUUUCUGCUUCUGAAGAUUGCACAGUGCGUCUUUGGAGUUUACAGAUGUUUGUCAAUUUAGUUUGUUAUAGAGGGCACAACUACCCUGUGUGGGAUGUACAGUUUAGUCCAUAUGGUUAUUAUUUCGUAUCUGUGGGUCAUGACAGGACAGCCCGGUUAUGGGCAACCGAAAAUCACCAGCCAUUGCGCGUAUUUUCAGGACAUCUCUCUGAUGUUGAUUGUGUGAAAUUCCAUCCUAAUUCCAACUAUAUAGCUACAGGUUCUAGUGAUAGGACAUGUAGACUAUGGGAUGUAAGUAGUGGUAACUGUGUAAGGAUACUUACUGGCCAUAAGGCUCCCAUCCACAGUAUAGCUUUCUCACCAGAUGGUAAACAUCUUGCAACAGCUGGUGUUGAUAAGACAGUACUAUUAUGGGAUAUCGGGCAUGGGAGUCUAAUUGGUCGCUUAGUAGGACACACAGACACGAUAUACUCUCUCUGUUUCAGCAGAGAUGGCAGUACACUUGCUUCAGGUGGUAUUGAUAACUGUGUGAAAUUAUGGGAUGUCAAUAAGGUAUUUGGAGAAGUUGAUACAGAUGAAAUCACAAAUACUACACAUAUAACACUAUCUGAGAACACAAACUAUUUAUUUGGCUCCUAUCCUAGUAAGAGUACACCAAUUCACCACCUGCAUUUCACACGCAGGAAUCUAUUACUGGCAACUGGACCUUUUGUCAUUUGAUAGUAACAAGUAAUGUCUGUAAGCAGAUGGGAUAGUGUUACUGCUCUUGCUGAUAUUCCAUGUUCAUGUAUAUAGGAAUGAGCUUUGCAUAUUUAUAUUUCUCAUACAGACCACUGGCUUCUCUAUAUGUAACUUAUAUAGUUACGUAUUAUGUGCAGUAUUCGCUGGAAUCAAACUUCCAGCAAAUUUGUCAUUUUUUUAGUUUCGACGUAAAACUACUUAAAAAAAUUGUGCCUGAUUGGCUACCCAACCCUGUCAGUCAGACCAAUCAGAGAGCAGCUUUUUUGUUGAAUGUUCUUUUUUUUUGACAUAUCAAAUUCUGCCUUGUAUAUAUGCCUCAACUCCACUUUUUGAUAGGACGAUGCAUUCUAUCUUAACACCAAAUUUAAACUUCAGCUAUUUUUGAAGUUUUCGGUUUUGUAUUCCCAUAACUUUGACUGACUGACAUGACUGACCUAAAUGCUAGACACAAGCAAUUGUCUGGUCCUUUGAUGUAUAUAUGUUUGAUUGCGAUACAAAGCAAUAAACAAAGUAUUUUUAUCCUA